AUGGCCCUGAUUGAGAGGAAUUUUAGAAAAUUUCUUAGAAAGGAAAAUCAGUUGGGCAAAAACUCUGAAAGAGGAAAGAGUUUUGAUAGAGGACAAGCUGGUGAAUGCUUCAAGUGUGAGAAAACAGAUCACAUGAUCAAGGAUUGCCCACUGUGGGAAAUAGAGUGGAAGAAGAGAAGAGAAGAAAAAGAGAAAGAGGAAGUAGGCAAAAACAAGGAGACUACAAAGGCUAUGGUAGUAGCCUGGGGAUCUGAUGAUGACUCUGAGGAUGAGGCUGAUCAGACUGCACUCAUGGCUGAUAUUCAUUCAGAUUCAGAUAUGGAGGAAGACAUCGAGAUGAGAACGAGAAGAGAUGAGACACUCAGUGAGCCCAAAAGUGUGGAGGAUCAACUACUGAAGGGUGAAAAAAGUAGAGUCAAAACGGAAAAGGAAAAUCAAUUGUUAAAAAAACAGGUUGCUCAACUUGGUUCAUCCAUAUUGAGGCUUCAAUAUGAAGUUCUGAAGUUGACACUUGAAGCAGGAAAGCGUGUGGCAAACAAUAAGCAUCUAAAGGUAGAGUCCAAACUGAAACGAGUAAGAAGGGAACUGCAGUUGGAAAAAGAAAAAUCUAAAGAUCUCAGCUCAAGACUGCUUCAAACAGAGCAUGAUCUUGAAAAAGAAAAUCGGUCGACUCAAGCCUCAACUACUGUUGAAUCUCAUAAGCCAAACAUACAACAUUACUAUAGGAUUGGGAUUUGA